CAAUUUCCAUACUAUUUAUUUAUUUGCUUAUGUACAUAUAUAUCUUCUUCUUCAUCUUUUUCUUUAGCACACAUUCACAAUCGUAGCCCUUCUACGUGCUUCAGUUGUGCAUCUAUUGCAUAUUUGAAUUUAUGGAAUCAGCUUAUGCAUUAUUACUUUCCACCUAAGAAUUUUACUGAUCACUGCUGGAAACCUGAUUCUGCUAUCGGCACUGUACCAUGUCGUGGUUCAUGUUUCAUCCUUGUUGAAGAAAUUUAUGAUCAUUGUAUGUUGCUGUACUCUUUUUAUCAUAUAUAUUAUUUAUUUGUAAAUAAUAUGAAAAUAAUUAUACAAAUUAUUAAAGUAGUGUUUUUAAUAACAAACCUCUAUUUUUACAAGUAUUUGCUUUUUGGAUAUUAG